UUGAUGCUGAACCGGCUCAUGUUGUGACUGUGCUGUUCCAGUAUCUAUGAUUAGUUAUUCAGUUUGCAUACAUUGCUUUUACUACAGGUGCAUCAUUCAUGACGUCCGCUUUUCCCGUUGAUACGUCAGAAGUCUUGUAGCCUAUGCUCAAGUGUCUUAGUGCCUUGAUGUUGUCCUUUCCUACCCUGCCCAGUGCCAAGUUUCAGUAUGGAUGAAGAGACUCUGGAGGCAGCCCUCACUACAUACGGUGCUCAGCUGCAGCAGGUGGAGACAGCCCUGCUGGCAGGCCUGGACCCUUCUCAGCAGUCAGACCUGCUCAAACUGAAAGAGGACCUCUGCCAGCUCAUAGAGCUCACUGAGGCCAGCUUGGUGUCUGUCAAAAAGAGUCGUCUACUGGCCAGCCUUGAGGAGGAUGGCAAAGGACAGCAGACAAAUGCCUCAGAGGCAGCAGCCAACAGCAGCACUACUAAUGGUGGCAAGUUGGAUGAUGAGUUUGCAGCCUUCUACUCAGAACUUGGGGAGUCAUCAGGCACAAACUGUGUCACUACUGAAGGGGAAAAAGAGGGAGAGGGGUUAGACAGUUGUGAAGAUGAAGAGGAGGAUAAUGAGGAGGAGGACGAAGAAGACGCACUUAGUGGUACCAAAGUAAGAGCACCAUACCGGACAACAUGGGGGACACUAGAGUACCACAAUGCCAUGGUGGUCGGGGCAGAAUCACCAGAGGGAGAUGAGGCACGAGUUAGAGUGCUGUAUGUUUACCCCACACAGAAGUCUAUGAAACCAUGCCCAUUUUACCUAGAGGAUAAAUGCCGCUUCCAGGAUAACUGCAGGUUUUCCCAUGGUGAGGUGGUGUUUGUGUCAGAACUGAGAGAGUUUGUGGAGUGUGACCUCAGUAAUCUCGAAGAAGGCUCGUCCUGCUUGGUUCGACACGAGGAUGGCAUCUGGUACCCAGCAAAAAUCACAGAUAUUGACAGUGGUUUCUACACUGUGAAGUUUGACUCACUGCUGCUGAAAAACGCCGUGGUCGAGGCCGACGGCGUUAUCCCACCUCUGAGGGAAGAUGACCCAGUGUCAUCUGACUCUGACCAGGACGACCCUGAAGAUUUUGCAGCUUAUGGAAGAGUUCUGGACUCUGCAGAAUCCACAUCAUCAUCAAACAGUCUUAAUUUUGGUGGCUGGGAGGCACAUACAAGAGGUAUCGGAUCCAAGCUACUGCUCAAAAUGGGCUACGAAUAUGGGAAAGGUUUAGGGAAGAUGCAGGAGGGUCGCGUAGAGCCAGUGAUGGCGGUGGUCCAGCCUAAAGGUAAGUCUCUGGACCUGUGCGCUGAGUUCACCCGGCAGCGGACGCAGAGCAAGGUAGCCAAAGACGGCACAGAGACAGGGCGCCCAAAGCGACGCAGAAAACGACGGAUUGCCACAGGGGGGCGCCGCACUGUGUUUGACUUCCUCAACCACAAGCUGGGAGGCCAGAAUGCUGCUGAUGCUGCUGCUGGAGGUGGUGCUAUAGCAUUAGCUGCAACCGGGGUGGAGGCCUACAGGGGGGGGAAGAGCACCAAGAGGAGUCUGAAUGUGAGGCUGUUCCAGGCCGCCGAGAGGGUGGCCCAGACCGAGAGAGAAAUCCAGAAACUGAAUGAGUCUCUCAGCAGGCAGUCAAGCAGGGACUCGUCCACAGCGAAGCUGCUGGAGGAGAAGCUGUCAGCGGCCCGGCGGCUGCUGGCCCAGCAGAAAGCCCAGGAGCUGUCCAUCCAGAGAGAGCACAAGAAGGCUGACACACACAAGAAAAUGACUGAGUUCUAAGCCCUGUUCUCUCAAAGACUUUGAGGAUGAAGACAGGCACCACUUGCCUGAAAUGAACUUUUGUCCCUUGCCUAUUGUCACUUACUUGCUGUACUGUAUUUUUUAAGCAUUAUUUCUCACUAGCAGUAGUAGCAGUAAAGUGGAAUAUUUCUGCUACUCAUAUAUUUUUGAAGGACUGAGCAGUUUCAUUUCUGUAAACAUGCCUUUGGUUUUAACGUGUACAAAUGACAAAAACAAAUUUUCAUUUGUUCUGAAGAUCUUGACUGUGUAUUUUUGUUUCCUUCCACUAAAUGCCAGAUGUUUGGAGAAAAUCUUG